UCUACUUUCUUGGAAACUUGGUGCUUGUAAUAAGAUUCCGUGCACCUUUUUUUUUUUUUUUUUUUUUUUGCUUUUGUUCUCAUGAAUUUUCCUUUUGGAACGUUAGAAUUCCACUUCUCACUAGCUCCCUUUUGACAAGAGUUCAAUGUUUUCUAUAAUUACACGAGUCCUCAACUCUCACGUUGCUAAAAGUAACUCUAAAUAGAUGCAGAAGUAGUACUGCACUUCAACCACAAUUCACAAACUUGCUGGAUCAGCAUCCACCGAUCAUGGCUGGAACAUCCUCCAAGACCCCCAUUGAAAUAGUAAGCGAUAAUUUUGCUUCUGCAGCUUGUUCUCCUCUCACUUCUGCUGCUAUACCUACAACACCCACCCCAUCUUCAGCCUCUAAGUAUCCCAAAAAUGCCAUAUCCAUUCACUCAUUUUCAGUUCAAGCCAAGAGAAGUACUAGGAAGAAGCGGUCAAGAGUAGCUGACACUUUGCUCCACAGGUUUAGGAGCAAGAAGGGCUUGUUUGUCACUGAUGUUACCAAGACAGAAUGGUGUGAAAAGCAAAUGGAAUUUUCUCUUUUUCAUGAAGAGUGGAAGAACAAUGCUGGUCAGGAAUGGUGCAGCCAAAAGCAAAUGGAUUUGGCUCUUGUUUUUAGAGGAGGAAGGGAGAAAAAUGAAGCUAUGAGAGCUGGUAUGGUUCGGCAUGUUCAACUCGUGAAGGAGAUUCAAGCAACCGUGAAAGUGAAGGUGAAGUCACGUGAAGAUGUUAUGGCACUAAAGCUUGUUAAUUUCAUCAAUGGGGUGAAUCAAUUGCUGUUUGAAGGAUUAACCCGUGAGCUUCCAAUAGUAAGCUUUGCUUUUGCACAAGGCAUAUGGAUGGUUGGAAAGAUUGAUGAGGUUUGCAUGCCUAAGUCAAAAAAAGAUCAUAACCCAAUACUAGUUGAAACCAAGACUCGUUUCCAGGAUACAGUUCCUUCAGAACCUCAAAAAAGAAAUGGAAAGAUUCAGUUAAUGUGUUACAAGUAUUUGUGGGACAAUUUAGUUGCUCAUGCUCAUCAUGGUUUCCCUUCUAAACAGUUCUUCGAUUAUUUUGAGCUAAGUCCUCAACGAGCACUAAGUGAAGAUCUACUAGCAGCAUGUUUUGACUCUGGAAUCUCAGCGUUGACCCUUGAUGAAUUGGUGAUAUGUUACCAAAAUACAUGGAAAAUGCUGCCGCGUGCUCAUAAUAAACUAGUGCUGAGAUAUGAAUCUCAAAGAGAUCAAUCAGUGCUGGAUGAAGAAAAAUUUGCAUAUAAUGAUGGCUGGAUAAGGAGGCAAAUCAAGAGUUGUCUUGAGUUUUGGCUUGAACAGCGAGAAGCCACUUAUGUUGCUGAGGAAGAGGAAUGGAAGUGUAGGUACUGUGAUUUUGCUUCUGAGUGUCCAGCAUGUUACACUGAUUCUGAGGCACAGAAACUUUCAAGCGAUUACUCAAGUGAGUAGGAAGAAAUGUAAUGUAGGGAAGUAGUGUACCCAGAGAAAAAACAAAAGUGAUGGCUCUAAAGCACCUAGCCAUGCCUUGGAGAAGUAUUCUUCAUGUACAAUAAUAUUAUAAUUAGAGCAAUGCAAAAAUUAGAGCUUUGAUGUUAUGAUAUGUAUUAACAAUAAAAUUUCUGUAGUAAUUUUAUAUAUUAUUUUGACAAUUUAGAAUUAGCUGUUAUCUUUUGUUUUCAUUCGUUUUUUUAAAAUUACGUUAUUCAUGCAAGUAUAAUAAUCACUGUUUAUUGUAACU